UUACAACGCCAGGAAGGAUUCAAUAUGGCUGAUGUGGAUCUUCUAAAUAGAGAUCCAAACAACUUAAACCAGCAUAUUCAGACCAAUUUUGAGGAUGUUUUAGCAGAACCCGAUGGUGUCCGCAGUGCAGACUGUGUCUGGAUUUAUAGUAACAAGUGCUUCUCCAAUGGAAAGAGCUGCUGCUAUAUAUUUUUGUCGGGAUUGUGCGGCAUCUUCCUCGCGCUAUUUUGGGGUUGCGAGUUCGCAUGCAUAAGUUUUGAGCAGAUUUGGUGCGCAACGCCGGCAUUACGCAUGUUCAGUAUUUAUGCCAUUUACGUCCAGAAGUGUGUGGGUACUUAUCUGAGCUGCUAUCUGGGCCCAUUAUGUGAAACCUGUGGGCUUUGCUUCAGCAAGAUAAGAGUGGAGAAAAGCACAUGAAAAAAAAAAAAAAAAGAUUCACCACCAGUGAUCUCCCCAUGUCCCAGUGAAAAAAGUGAAACAUUAAUGUGAAUAUGUUGUUUUUAUUUCUGAACUUGUUCAAAUGGAAUUUUUGUUGAGAUUAUACUCAAAGAUAUGUAUCUUGAACCGGUGAAAUA